GCUGCGCUCCGAGCUGCAGAGUCGGAGACUGGAGCUUCCUGCGCGGGUCGGUGCUCUGGAGGCUAAGUGCUGGCGCUGCUGGUGCUUCCAGCGCCCAGGGGCGAUCUGCGCCCAGACCCCAGAACUCUCCAUCAGUGCGGUCCGGCAGGAAAGUUCACCCGCUGCACCUAGGUGAAGAGAUAGCGAGAGCAGGUGGGCUGGAAGAGAAGGGUCCUUCCUGCCAGCUGCAGCGGGGGAGGACAGUGCCAUGCUCCUCUCCAUCCUGGUGGCUUUGUGCCUGUGGCUGCGCCUGGCGCUGGGCGUGCGCGGCGCGCCCUGCGAGGCUGUGCGCAUCCCCAUGUGCCGGCACAUGCCCUGGAACAUCACCCGGAUGCCCAACCACCUGCACCACAGCACGCAGGAGAACGCCAUCCUGGCCAUUGAGCAGUAUGAGGAGCUGGUGGAUGUGAACUGCAGCUCUGUGCUGCGCUUCUUCCUCUGUGCCAUGUACGCACCCAUCUGUACCCUGGAGUUCUUGCACGACCCCAUCAAGCCCUGCAAGUCUGUGUGCCAGCGCGCACGCGACGACUGCGAGCCUCUCAUGAAGAUGUACAACCACAGCUGGCCAGAGAGUCUGGCCUGCGAUGAGCUGCCCGUCUAUGACCGUGGAGUAUGCAUCUCUCCCGAGGCCAUAGUCACUGACCUUCCGGAAGAUGUAAAGUGGAUAGACAUCACACCAGAUAUGAUGAUGCAGGAAAGACCCUUUGAUGCUGACUGUAAACGACUGAGCCCUGAUCGGUGCAAGUGCAAAAAGGUGAAGCCAACUUUGGCAACAUACCUGAGCAAAAACUACAGCUACGUUAUCCAUGCCAAAAUAAAAGCCAUCCAGAGGAGUGGCUGCAAUGAAGUAACAACAGUCGUGGACGUAAAGGAGAUCUUCAAGUCUUCCUCGCCCAUACCUCGAACCCAGGUCCCCCUCAUCACGAAUUCCUCCUGCCAGUGUCCACACAUCCUGCCCCAUCAAGAUGUCCUCAUCAUGUGUUAUGAGUGGCGUUCAAGGAUGAUGCUUCUUGAAAAUUGUUUAGUUGAAAAAUGGAGAGAUCAACUUAGUAGAAGGUCCAUUCAGUGGGAAGAGAGGCUCCGUGAACAGCAGAGAACAGUUCAGGACAAGAAGCGAACAGCCGGCCGCACCAGCCGCAGUAACCCCCCCAAGCCAAAGGGAAAGCCACCCGUCCCCAAGACUGCCAGCCCUAAGAAGAACAUCAAAGCUAGAAGUGCCCCCAAGAAACCAAACCUGAAGAAAAGUACAAGCUAAUUACUUGCCACAAUGAAGCCACACUUACAGGAGAAGGCCACACUUACAGAAUAAGGCGGUAGGUACUGCCUGGGACAGUCUACAGAAGGCCACACACCACUUGCCUUAAGGGUUCACUGCAGUUCUCUUCAUAGAACAUCUUGCGGCACUUUUUUUUUUUUUUUUAACGAUAGCUUCAGUUUUUUGUUUUGUUUUGUUUUGUUUUGUUUUUUCUUUAAGCCACACAGCCCUGUUGGGGGACAGUCCUCUGGUGUGGACGGCCCAAGAGGCAAGGAAAGCUGCUCUACAAGUUUUUGCAUUCAGAGGGGCCUGGGGGUUUACUCUGUGUGACUGUCCUAUGAUGGGAAAUGUGCUUCUGUUUUGAGAGUUUGACCUAAUAUGUACAUUGUAAGGUCCAUGUAAUAUGUCAAACUAAACAGUCUUCAGACAAAAAAAAAAAUUAUUUCCUUUGACUUCUGUUAGGAAAUUAGUGAUAUAUUAAAUAUGAUUGAAAAUAUGCUUUUGACAAAGGCAGGAGAAUAAUGCUUAAAAGAUCUUCAUGUGUUGUCUGCAGAGAAAUGUUUCUGAUGAAUGGGAUUUUGAGAAAUUUAAGAGAUACGGGAAAUAGUCGUGUGUGUUUGUCAGACUUUAAACGCUGUCUUUAGCUAGACACUUUGAAAACUAAGCUAACGAUGACCAAUAAAGAGGAGAG